AUGGAGGAUAGUCCUCGUCGUCAGUUGGCUAGGAUGCAAGAGAGAAUCGACUGCUUACAACGUGAGCUUCGUGAAAAGAACGGUGCAGAUAAAGAGCCGCCUAGUCCACUGAUCACCACACCCUUCACUGACGAUGUCAUGAGCUUGCAUUACCCACAAGAUCUCAGGAUCCCGAUGAUGCGGACCUACAUCGGUCGGUCGGACCCUCAAGAACACAUCGACAUGUACUAUGGCAACAUGUUGAUGUUGGGAGUAACUGAUGCAGUCAUAUGCAGAGCUUUCUUUGCCACUUUGGCAGGCAAAGCAGCCGAGUGGUUUAGGAAGUUGGAACCUCGGUCGAUUGGAAACUUCAGCCAGCUAGCUGACAAGUUCGCGAGGCGGUUCGCAGUCAGCAGAUCGAAAAAGAAGCCCUACACAUAUCUGAAUGGAGUCAAGCAUGACCCGGGGGAAACCUUGUCCGCUUUUUUGCACAAAUGGGAUCGUGAGAUCAACCAGGUAGAACCAAUGGAAGACCAAGCAGCAAUCCACGCUCUCCUCACGUCGCUCUGUUCUGGGCCGCUCUACUACGACCUCGUCGUCCAUCCCCCCAAAACUUACGAAGAGGCGAUUACCCGGGCCAGGCACCAUGCAGACGCUACAGAGGCUAACAUGGCUAAGAGACGAGAAGAACAACCGGUUGGUCGGGAUAGAGGUCACGACCCGAGGAGAGAUCGAGAGCGUUUUAAGCAACGUGGCCGACCGGAGGAUGGACCGCGAUUCACUCCGUUAACCAAACCCCUAGUGGAAGUCUUGCAAUAUGCCGAGCAAUGCAACCUGGUCCAUCCACCCGACCCGGUACCCGAAGGACCAGACAAGAACAAAUACUGUGCUUUUCACAAAACGAAGGGUCAUGAGACAGCGGAGUGCAUCGCCCUACGUCUGGUUAUUGAGCAACUCAUUUAA